AUCAUUCUUGAACUUCAUCAGGCCCUUGUACCCGUACAACAUCUUUCGCCGAGCCUGUCAAGCGCUUGUCUCCGUAUUUCUGAAUGAAAUGACUCUACUAUUGUCGCCACUCUGAAUAUCUUGUAGUGCGCCACGGAACAAGCUUCAGCAAACCUUCAGGAACGAACGGCAGAUGUACAUUUAAUGCGAGGACGAUAGAGGUCUGUAUAGUUAAUGAGAUAGAGCGGCUUUCAUCACCGCGAAAAUCAAAUUCUCUUUUCCACACCAACGGGAGGCUUCUCCAAGUGAUUUCACUUCGUAUCCUCACUGCUCAGACUGUCCUUACUUGGUGCCCAUCCCAUCCAUUCGAAUCAUGUUUCCGUUCUUUUUGUUUCAUUAUCUAUUUCUUUUUCUAUUCUUUGACGUUUCUGCCCAAGGUCCCCCUUUACCAUCAACCAACUUAACUAAAGACCGUUCAUACGAAGAGAAAGUAUCGACCGCCAGGGGCGCCAUAGAUAUCGAGGUGACCGUUACAACAGACACAAACGGAACAUUAAGUUUUUAUGAUAACUUUCUAGUUCAAGGACUACCCACCCUUUACUCCCAAAUGGCGGAAUUAGACACAAUAACUCGCAAUACGACUUAUCGAGAAAUUCUGCAAGAUCAACUCCCACAAGCGGCGGCAGAAUUAGUGUCCUCAGACCUUGUCAGAUUCUUCCUUUACGAUUCAGAUUCGAAAGCUAACUUUCAAUUACAUGACAAUAGGGUACACGGAUACGCAGCCACUAAAGCAUAUAUUGCUUACCGGGAUGACCACUUUCUGACGUUGGCGCAACAGUUGUGGGAAUUCGGGAAAGCGUAUUGUAUCUCGGAUGAAGACAUUGAAGCAAAGCAGAAUGCGAAGAAGACCUCGUCUCUCCGAACUGAAUGUGAUGGAAAAUCGUUAGUUGGUGGAGUGUUCCUGGCAUGUUCCCCGUGA